UAAACCGGAAGAAGAUAAAUCUCGCAUCACCGGUCUAAAAUAUAUCAUAAAAGGUCCGUGUAUAGUUUUGGUGGUUUGUGCAUAGUUUUGGUGGUUUAUAAAUUGUUUGAACAACAAUAAUAAUCAACCAUAUUGUUAUUUCACUUAUGUUGUACUGUAUUCAUUCAAAGUUAGAAUAAACAACCAGCAAACAAAUUAACCGAGCAAAACAUGUCUGCGUCAGUCGGCGGGACGUCCCGACACUUGUGUCAUGGAGCUAAGGAUGGUUUUGUUAAAGUGAGAAAAAGAGACUUAGAAAAGUUAACAACAGAGGUCAUGCAGCUGAGGGAGUUCCUGCCCAGAGUUGUGAAUGGGAAGAUGAUUGACAUACUUCACAAAACUCAAGCACAAAAAACAGUGAAAGAGCAUCUUACACAGGAACCGGAACUUCUGCGUCAGGAGUGUCUUCAUCUUCAGUCCAGACUGGAUGUGGUACAAACUGAAUAUCAAAAGGAGAGACAGGAGAAAUGUCUGUUGCGUGAUCAGCUGUGGCAGAGCCAAGCCGAGGUGCAGCAGCAGGCCGACUUCUGCUCCAGUCUGGGUUCUGUAGCCUGCAGUCUGCUGUGGAACUGCUCUACAAGGGAGGACACAGUUAGACUGUGGCUGACUGAAGGAAACCUGCAGGCCUUUCUGUCGGUAGCGACUCAGACUCUGGAGAGCUUUGUUAGGACUCUGGAUGAAGCAGCAAAGAGUUCACCUGAAGACCACAACACCCAGUUUGCUUUGGCGCUAGCUGGUACAAUUACUAACAUUGCGGCAGUAACCUGUGGACGGGAAUUCCUUCUCGCACAUGAUCUGUUGAACACCCUGAUAAAGCUGUUAGAACUGAUGAAGCCCAAUGUCUUCCCAAAACUGAAAGUGUUGGUUCUAAUGGCUCUUUAUAAUGCCAGCAUCAGUGUGACUGGGCUGAAAUGCAUGAGUAACAACCCAGGACUGCUGCCUCUUAUUCACACUCUUCUUGAAGACAGAUCCUGGGAGGUGUCCCUCCACUCCCUCCGUCUCUUACAGUCGCUGCUGAUGGAAGAUGGAGUGCACAACCGUCUGGGCGCCGCUGUAAUAGAGUCAGACCUUCAGGCCCGUGUUACCCGACUUACCUGCAGUGUCGAGCCGAGUCUGAGACUGAUAGCGCAACAGACCUUGGAGGACAUCCAGGUACUCAAACAUACUUUGGGUCGAGGAUGUAAACAGAACAACCUGUGACAUGCCUCAGUAGCUUUCAAUCCUUUGAAAUGUGUUAAUUGUUCUGGUGUACUUUUACAUACUUGAGCAGUUAGAUGUUUGACUAUUUAUGUUUAGUCAUAAAUGCUGUUUCUGUUUAAAGAACGAGAACUGUUUGACUUAUGUGUCAGUUUUAUGAAAAUAAUUGUAUUAAAAGUUCUGUACAAAUAACAUUUGCCCACUUUCAAUAUGUUUC